CCUCCUUCAUAUUGAGACAGAUUCAAGAGGGUGUCGAGACAAACAGCAGUUCUACAGCAGGCUAAAAGAGUGGACAUUAAUGAAGAUCAGUGAUUAAAACGGCUGUUAGUGAGUAGGAACGCUGUGAAUCGGUGAUGCUGAGAAAGGGGGAGUGGGUAUGGAUGGACUCAGACAUCGGGGUUCCCAUCGGAGCGAGGGUCAACGUAACACCAUCUGGUCAGCGGUUACUGGUGGACGAUGAUGGAAAGAAGCAGAGCCUGUCCCAGGAACAGGAAGCCUCUCUCAGGAUCAUGCACCCUACGUCAGUGGAGGGUGUGGAUGACAUGAUCAAACUGGGUGACAUGACCGAGGCCGGCCUCCUCAGGAACCUGCUGCUCCGACACAAACAAGGCAUCAUCUACACCUACACAGGCUCUGUGCUGGUGGCAGUGAACCCAUACCAGGAUUUCCCUUUAUAUUCAGUUGACCAGGUGGCGUUGUACCAUGGUCGAAAGCUGGGGGAACUCCCUCCGCACAUCUUCGCCAUCGCUGAAUCCUGCUACUGUAACAUGAUGCGCCAUCUCAGGAACCAGUGCUGCAUCAUCAGCGGGGAAUCAGGAGCAGGAAAGACAGAGAGCACUAAGCUGAUCCUGCAGUACUUGGCAGCAGUCAGUGGUGAGCUCUCUAAACAGAAGAUUGAACAGCAGAUCCUGGAGUCUAACCCAAUACUAGAAGCGUUUGGAAAUGCAAAAACAGUCCGCAACGACAACUCCAGUCGCUUUGGGAAAUAUUUGGAGAUCUUCUUCAAUAAGGACGGAGCAAUUGAAGGUGCUCGCGUGGAGCAGUAUCUUCUGGAGAAGUCUCGUGUCUGCCGUCAGGCCCUAGAGGAGAGGAAUUACCACGUAUUUUACUGCAUGCUGGCAGGAGUCACAGCAGAGGAGAAGAAAACCUUGAGCCUUGGAGAUGCUGUGGAGUACGCAUUCCUUUCUAAGGGCGGCCACACCAUCUGUGAAGGCAGAGAUGACGCUAAAGACUUUAAGCGUAUUCGUUCUGCGAUGAAAAUCCUGACCUUCUCAGAAAGCCAGUGUCAGGAAAUCCUCAAGCUGCUGGCAGCCAUAUUACACCUGGGAAACGUCUGCUUCCAAGCCAACACACAAAAUAACUUGGAAACCAGUGACAUCAGCAAGUCAGAACACUUCAGCAUAGCAGCAUCAAUACUGGAGGUAAAAAAGUCUUCCCUGGCGACGAGUUUGACCCAUCGUUCCUUUAUGACCAACAGAGAGAGAGUGACCAAACCCCUCAGCUCUGAACAGGCGUCUGACUGUAGAGACGCCUUUGUCAAGGCGAUCUACAAUAAGCUGUUCAUAUGGAUCGUUGAGAAAAUCAACAGUGUCAUCUAUAAGAAGUUGACCAAAAACCCCAAAUCCUUCCUGUCCAUCGGCCUGCUCGAUAUCUUUGGCUUUGAGAACUUCAAAACAAACAGCUUCGAGCAGCUGUGCAUUAAUUUUGCCAAUGAGAAGCUGCAGCAGUUCUUUGUGGGCCACAUCUUCAAGCUGGAGCAGAAGGAGUACCUGAAAGAGGACAUUGUGUGGAAUAACAUCAAAUUUAGUGACAAUCAGAACGUCCUGGACAUUCUGGCUGUGAAACCCUGUAACCUGCUGGCUCUGAUCGAUGAAGAAACCCAUUUUCCAAAGGGCUCAGACUACACUAUGCUGAUCAAGAUGAAUGUACAACACCGUGGGAACAAGACUUACAUUGCCUCCAAAAGUGAACAUGACACAGACUUUGGGAUUCGCCACUUUGCAGGCGUGGUUAACUACGACUCCAAAGGGUUCCUGGAAAAGAACAGAGAUGCUGUCAGUUUUGACAUAAUCAAGAUGGUUGAAAUGACCACCAAUAAGCUGCUUCAUCAGAUAUUUGAGAGUGAGCUUUCAACCAAUGGAUUGAAGAUCACUAACAACAAGAAGGUCAUCAUUACACCUAAGAGCUCUCUACGGGCCCAGAGUGACAAACGUAAACAAGUGGCGACGCUGAGCGGUCAGUUCCGUCAGUCUCUGGACUCCCUCAUGAAGGCUCUGUCUGCCUGCCAGCCUUUCUUCAUCCGCUGCUUCAAACCCAACAAUGAAAAGCAGUCUAAGACUUUUGACAGAGAGCUGUGUAUGCGUCAGCUGAGAUACUCCGGCAUGAUGGACACCAUCCGCAUCCGGAAGCUGGGAUACCCAAUUCGCCACACCUUUGCGGAAUUCCUGAAGCGCUACAGGGUGCUCCUGACGACGACCGUCUGUGACCCCAAAACUGUUAGUCCUGAUGUGAUCUUCCUGAGGGAUGCCCAUGACGCCGUACUGGAACGACUAAGGGAACAAAAACUCAGCAGGAUAGCUCUGGUGAUCCAGAGGGUCAUGCUGGGACACAAAGACAGAAAGUCUUUCCUGAAGAAGCGGAGGGCAGCUGUGGUGUUGCAGAAGCACUGGAGAGCUUACAGACAGGAGCAACUGCGAAGAAAGCUCCGGCACGGCUUUGAGCGGCUGGCAUCAAAGAUCCGCAGUCGGAAGCUACGGUUACAGUACCUAAGACAGCGAGCAGCAGCCCUCACCAUACAAAGCCAGGUUCGUGGCUACCAGGCCAGGAAGGGCUGGAAGCAGAAGAGAGAGGCAGUCAUACUGCUGCAGGCUUACAGCAGAGGACUCCUGGCCAGAAGAAGAGCUCAAAAGAUGAGGGGUGAUGCCUCCCUUUUACACCUGGAGAAAGCAAAACAAGAGAAGAUAGCUUUGGAGCUUGAGCAGCGUCUGAAGGUUAUCGCCUUGUCACAACCAGCUAAUGAGGAGCCUGAGCCAAUCGUUGAACACGAUUCAGAGGAGAGCACGUAUGAUCUCACGCCUCCUGUGGAAGUGGUAGAACUGAAAGCACCUGAAUCCGAUAAUUAUCAGCAGAGGAGGAACGUGCCAGAGCCGGUGAAGGAAAUCUCUGAUGAGAUCUCAGAGCUGGAAAUCAUCGCUGCAGCCUCAAUUUCAACAACCCCCACCCCAUCGCUGGAAGAGGACGAAGACGACGAGUUUGAUGACGGCAGUGAUGAGUUUUCGUUCUACAAAUUCAGCAUCCUUAACUUCCAGAGCAACCACAGCCACACGCACAUCAACCAGAGAAUCAGGCAGCCUCUUUUGCCCCACGAUGACGAGGGCGACAUACUGGCAUGUCUGACUGUAUGGUGGAUUAUACUGCGUUUCAUGGAGGACCUGCCGGAACCAAAAUCUAUGGACGCGAUGUCUCAAGCAUCCAGCACCAUCUCGCGUAAUCUGCCUCAAAGGCAGGGCAGGAGGCUGAGCAGCCUGGUGGGACUGGAUCAGAAAAUACUGAGGAAGCACAAGAAAAAGAUCGGAGUUGGAAACAGAAAAGCUUCUGUAAUUAUUGAGGAGCCAGACAACAUUACAGAGGACGAGGACAUUUUGGUUGGAGAGGGUCCGACACUGGAUCGGCCACUUACAUCCGUGGAAAAACUACACAUUAUCAUCGGAUACGCUCUAUCGAGACGAGACAUAAGGGAUGAGAUUUACUGCCAGAUCUGUAAGCAGCUGGUGAACAAUAGGAACAAGAGGAGCCGUAUGCAAGGCUGGACCCUUCUUUCCAUCUGUCUCGGGAUCUUUCCCCCAACAGACCUCUUCAUGAAGUAUUUGGAGAAUUUUGUCCACAGGGAGCCAAGUGGUUAUGGAGAAUACUGUACUGGGCGCCUGCGUCGUAUAAUAGCCAACGGAGAAAGAAAAGAGUUGCCCUGUUGGCUCGAGCAACAGGCUGCCAAAUCUAAGGAGCCCAUAGAUGUGUCUGUGAAUCUACUGGACGGCCGCAAUAUCAGUGUACAGCUGGACUCGGCUUCCACCUCUGCUGAAGUCUGUCAAGCUGUGGCUGACAAGAUUGAUCUUCGAGACAUAUAUGGAUUCUCCCUGUACAUCAGUCUUUAUGAAAAGAUGUGGUCUCUGGGCAGCUGUGGGAAGCAUGUGUUUGACGCAGUGUCUCAGUGCGAGCAGGAAAUGAGGAGGCAGAGCAAAGAUGAGAAGGACGCCCCCUGGCAGCUCUCCAUCCGAAAGGAACUGUUCACACCCUGGCAUGACUGCUCAGUUGACCCAAUCAGCACAGAUCUAAUCUACAGACAGGUCAUCAAGGGAAUCAAGUCUGGAGAGUACAUCAGUGACAAGGAGGAUGAUUACGUCCAGCUGGCAGCAAAGCACUAUUACAUCCAGUUUGGCUCUGCAUACAACAAAGACAACGUCCAAAAGGUGGUUGAGGAGUGCAUCGAAACCACACUUAUUGAGAACAAAUCUAUGACAAAGUGGAUCCAACUCAUAAGCGAAGCACACUUACAGGGUCCCUAUGUCAACGGAAGGCAGAAAACAGACAGUGUAAAAGGAGAACUGGUCAACAGCGCCCAACACAUAUGGCCUCUGCACUUCUCUAAGUUUUAUGAAGCUACAAUGAUGUCAGGACCUCCUUUGCCUAAAAGCAGGUUUGUUGUGGCUGUAAACUGGAAUAGCAUCUUCUUCAUGGAUGGAAGAGACAAGAGACUCCUUGAGCUUUCCUACCUAGAGGUAAAGGACAUACACAUGAUCAGUGACAGCCAUGUCAGUGCUCAGUCAGUAAGUUUGGCCACAGUCAAAGGAGAGUUUGUGCUGAAGUCUGGGGAAGCUGUGGACAUGGUUGCAGUUAUAGAGAAAAACCUGAAAGGGCUGAGACAGCGCUCAGUGUAUGCAGUGGCUCGGCAUGAUGCCAGUAAACCAGAUGACCCCACAUUCCUGGUUUGUAAACGAGGGGACCUGCUGUUGGUAGAGAAAGAUGAAGAAAGUUCUUCUGAUAAGAACUUGAUCAAAGCAACCAACAAUCGGACCAGCGCCACCGGUGUGGUCUACAAGGAUACAGUGCAGUUUCUGCCGACUCUAGAGAAGCCCACUAGCGAUUUGCUGGAACUGAUCAGCCCAGGCCAAAGGAAACUUUCAGUAGCACAAAACACCCUACCUAUUUACGAAACAGUGGCUCCUGUCUCUUUAAAAGAGUUUGCACUUGAGAACUUCAGGCCUGCAGGCCCUGUCGGUCGACAUGGUGCGUCCAAAGGGGUCAGCAGGGAGAAGCUGUGGGCUAGUUCAAGAGAACCUCUCAAACAGCCACUGAUGAGGAGCCUGGUCCGCAACUCUGACCUCAGCAACCUGGCCUGCAACGCUUUCACUGCUAUCCUGAAGUACAUGGGCGACUACCCCAUCAAACACGCUCGCAGUCCUUUAGAGCUGACUGACCAGAUCUUCGGUCCGGCCACCCAGCAUGAAGCUCUGCAGGACGAGAUCUACUGCCAAAUUAUGAGACAGAUGACCAACAACAACAACAGGUUGAGUGUGGAGCGUGGGUGGCAGCUCAUGUGGCUGUGUACAGGCUUGUUCCCGCCCAGUCCGGAUUUAAUGAGACACACUCAGAGCUUCUUGGAGUCACGGCGCAGAGACCAGCUGGCUCCUGACUGCCUGCAGAGGCUGCAUGCGAUGCGCAGUAAGGAGCCCAGGACGCUUCCCUCUCAUUCGGCAGAAGUGGACGCCAUCCAACAGAACAGCACCCAGAUCUUCCAUAAAGUCCACUUCCCAAAUGACACAAGUGAUAUAUUGGAGGUGAAAUCGACGACCACAAUCAAAGACCUGUGCUACAGUAUUGCCUCUAAGCUCAAACUGAGCUCAGCUGACGGAUAUGGCCUAUACCUAAAAACUGCAAACAAGGUCACAAGCUUGCAGGAGCAGAAGUAUUUUUUUGACAGUUUAAGGCAGACUUCAGAGAUUCCUAAGAAAGGAAAAAAAGCGAAGGAAGGCAACCAGGCCAACGUGCCCUACCUGGUGAUCUUUAAGAGGAAGCUCUGGUUCAACGUGAGCCCGGGGAAAGACCUGGUUGCAGACCUCACUUUCCAUUUCCCACAGGAGCUGCCUAGGUACCUGCGUGGAUACCACAAUUGCACCAAAGAGGAGAUGAUUAACCUGGGUGGGCUACUCUUCAGAGCCAAAGUAGAUUCAGACAGGUCGCAGUUUGUCAUGAUCCCCAGAAUGUUGAAGGAUUUGGUUCCUGCUGACCAGUUAAAAAUCAUGUCCCCUGAAGAAUGGAAGAAGCACAUCAUCUCUGCCUACAACAAGCAGAGUGGCAUGACUUUGCAAGAGGCCAAAGUUGCCUUCUUGAAAGGCAUUUCGGUCUGGCCAACCUUUGGCUGUGCCUUCUUUGAAGUUAAACAAACGUGUGAAUCUAGCUACCCAAAUACAGUUUUGAUCGCCAUCAGCAAGCAAGGUGUCAGCUUAUCAGACCCAAAUACAAAGGAGCUGCUGGUUAUGCACCCGUUCAGCCGCAUCACAGAGUACCAAAGCGAAGGCGGCUACUUUGAGAUGACCAUUGGCACCCUGGUGAGGGGCAACAUCUUUGUCUGUGAAACCCCUCAGGCCAACACAAUGGAGGACCUUCUUAGAUCCUAUGUCACUAUGUACGAGAGGCAGACAGAGGCCUUUCGAACAAGGAAUACCAUGUUUUCCUGAAGCUUUAAGGGCAAAAGAAUAGACUGAGCCGCUGUGAUUUAUAUGCACUCUUGAUCAAUAUAUGUAUUUGUGUACUUUAAAUGGCACAUUUGUGCCCAAUAGAUAUUGCUUCUACUAAACAAGAUAGAGAUAUUAAAAUGUAAGUCAUGUA